AUGUCGGCCCUUUUACAGCCAACAUACAGCGUCGAAGUGGUAGAAGACUCAGACCCCGACAGGAGCGUAGGGAAGGGCAGUCCUGCAGGAGGGGUGAGGGCGGAGGUGAGGGUGACCAACGUAACUCCCCAGGACUCAGCUGUGAUCGCCUGCACGGCCACUAACGCUUAUGGAAGCCACACGCAUAACAUGGAGCUAAAGGUUCAAGGUAAGGCGUUCGAGUGUGGCUUUGCAUUUGUGCAGAUACUAUACAGCGUCGAAGUGGUAGAAGACUCAGACCCCGACAGGAGCGUAGGGAAGGGCAGUCCUGCAGGAGGGGUGAGAGCGGAGGUGAGGGUGACCAACGUAACUCCCCAGGACUCAGCUGUGAUCGCUUGCACGGCCACUAACGCUUAUGGAAGCCACACGCAUAACAUGGAGCUAAAGGUUCAAGACGUGCCCGAAGCCCCUCGAGACCUGCGCGUGACCCGAGAGGGCAGCAGGUCAGUCACCGUGACCUGGGCGGCCCCCCCUUCCCCCAACACCCCCAUAACUCAUUACGUCAUUCACCUGAAGACGCAGACAGUGUCCUGGGAGAGCAACAGCGUCAGACAGCUGAGGACAGAAGGCAGCUCAACAUCAGCUGUUCUCGAGGACUUGCUGCCCGCUAAAGUAUUUCAGGUCCGCGUGGUCGCCGUGAACAGCGUGGGCGAGUCUCCCUCCUCGGAGCCCCUAUCUCUCCGGACUGACGGCGAGGCCCCCAGCGCCGCGCCCGUGACAGUGCGGGCGGUGGGCGUGAGUUCCAGGGAAGUCCAGUUGACGUGGGCGGCGCCUGAUCCCGAUACGUGGAAUGGGCAGCUCCUGGGGUACUACGUGGGGCACAAGCAAGAUAGCCCCGUGGGAGGUGCUCGGUCCUUCAGCUUCGACACUGUGGGCGUGACGGGCGGCGGCGAGGAAACCUGGACUGUGGGCAACCUGGAGAAGUUCACUCGCUAUGUCUUCGUCCUCCAGGCCUUCAACGCCAAGGGACCUGGACCGCUUUCGACGGAGGUGUUCGCGACGACGUUGGAAGACGAUGUUCGCGACGCGACGCAUGAAGACGGUGAGGAAGUGGAGAUGUUCGCGACGACACUUGACGACGAUGAGAACAAGCUGAUAACUUCACCUCCUCCCGCUCUCUUCCUAGUUCCCGAAGCUCCUCCUGAAGACGUGACCUGUGUUGCCCUGACCUCGACGCGCGUGGAGGUGUCCUGGUCUCCGCCACCCGCCCACCUCACCCACGGCCGCAUCACCACCUAUACGCUCACCUACACGCCCAUGGAUGACCAUACGGGGCUCCCCGCCGGCGAGUCCCGCAUCGUCAACGGCCAGAGCGCCACCGUCGGCGACCUCGAGCGCUUCACUAACUACUCGGUCACGGUGGCGGCGGCGACGAGGGCGGGCGUGGGCGUGGCCUCGCAGCCGGUCGUUUGCGCCACGGAGGAGGACGUGCCCCUGGCGCCCAGGACGAUCAAAGUGGUGAUGAACGGCCCCAACAGCGUGAUCGUGGCGUGGGCGGCCCCAGAGCGCGCCCACGGGACUGUGACCAAGUACAUCCUCUACAGGAGAGCCCCGCCCGCGAGAGACCCUAUCAGGAGGAUUCUCCCGCCUCAGGUACGCGAGGAAGGUGGGGAGUUCCUGGGCUUUAGGAUGAGGAUUGGUGGGCAGGAUACGCUGUGGCUCGAGGUCACAGAUCUGGCUAGCAACCACCUCUACGAAUUCUGGGUGACUUCCGCAACCAGAGUAGGAGAAGGGCCCGCCUCUCCUGUUGUAUCUGCCACGCCUUCUGCUACAGUGGGCUCCGGCAUAUACAGUGUGGGCGGGGAAGUGCGGGCGGCUCGAGGCACAGACGUUGUCCUGUCCUGUCAGCACGUCGGACGCCCAACGCCCACGCUCUCCUGGCGACGCGACAACGCCCCCGUUACUCAUGACUCCAGGUACGAACCUCAGCUGGACGGCGGCCUCCUUAUAAGGGACUGUCAGCGGUCGGACUCAGGGAACUAUACCUGCCAUGCGAGCAAUCGACACGGCUCUGACCACGUCGUCUACACGCUGAUUGUCAUGGUCCCUCCGGCCGCAGUCCUCCUCCACUCGAUGGGUUCGACCUCGACUUCUGUUACGGUUUCCUGGCGCCACGUGGACGACGGCGGCGCCCCUGUCCGGAAGCUGACCUUGACCUGGCGACCUGACCCCGGAGAGUGGCGAGAGGUCACCUUGGCACGUCACCUGACUCAAUACACCUUAGGAGAACUCACCUGCGGGACGGAGUAUCACCUCUAUCUUACGUCGCAUAACAAAAUAGGCCCAGGCGCAGCCAGUGAAGUCAUCACGGUGCGGACGAAGGGGUCACGCCCCUCGCCGCCCCCCCAGCACCGCCUCAUCUCAGUCAACACGACGGCCGUGACCUUGCGACUGACCUCGUGGGCUGACCAGCAGUGCCCCAUCGCCCACUUCUCCGUCAGGUUCAGGCCUUCCAACCAGAGGGACUGGCAGAUGGUUAGUGGACGCCUGCCAGGGUCGCAGAAGGAGUACGCCCUUGGGGACCUGGCUCCUGCGACGUCCUAUGAGCUGAGUGUCACCGCCCAGAAUCCUGCAGGAGAGACCACCGCGGCUUACAACUUCAUCACUCUCGGUCUUACAGGAGACCACCUCCAGGAGGGUCUCGGCUCCAUAAGCGGAGGGAGAAUGGGUCCUACAGGAGGCAUAGGAACGGCCGCUGAGGACGUGUUCACGGAUCCCGCCUUCAUCGUCCCCGUCAUCAUCUCCUGCAUCGCCCUCGUCUCCAUCGUCAUCGCUAUUACGUUGUGCAUCAGGAGAAGGCCGGGCAACGGGCAGAACGGGAACCAAGCAGUCGAAGGGGGCGAUUCCUCAGCCACUUCUGCAGCCGAGAAUAAGAGCAACCUGGCGGCGAGAGAGCAGUACUAUGCCACCGUCAGGAAGCCCGCGCCCUCGCCCAUUCAUGAUGUUAACGCCCUGGAACGCAUACCAGGUAUUACGGCCGCAGAAUAUGCUGAGGACAUAUACCCGUACGCUACUUUCCAAAUCCAGCGGCAGGAAGACACACUCUCGACGCACUUCCAGACUUUUGUCUACCAAGACCCCCGUCGGGCCACCGUCGAGACACUCGCCUACAGGAAGUACGGCGGCGAGAGCGAAGACUACGACGACUCCCUGAACAGCGACACGGACACGGACCACGCUGCCUCGUCCCGCACCGAGAGUUCCUCCCACCUGGACGACACCCACCACUCGAAUCUCUCGUCUCGCAACCACCACCAUAACCUCCUGUACGUGGCCUCGGAUGCCAGCACCACCGCCUCCCCCCUGCAGGAGAGGAAGAGCCUCCCCCGCCGCUCCCGGUCCAGCAGCAGUAAUGACAGCAUUGCACUUCUCUCACUCUCUUCCAUCGUGUACUCCUCCGGCAGGUCCAGCGGGAGUGGCAGCUACGCGGCGCUCAGCGUGGCCGUCAAGGGGAUGAACAACGCUUCCAGGGGCGUCCUGGGCGGCGUGGGCGCGAUGACGACGGGCGGCAUGGGUCGCUCCCACGCCCUCGGGCCCUCCACCCCUGCCCUGGACGCCAUGGAGAUGAGUGAGACCGAGUGCGACAGGGACAACCGCCGCCAGGGAGCACCUCUGAUCUCCGGCGGCAGGAGAAGGAACACCAGCUUCUCCAUAGCGCCGUGUGAACGCACACCGGAUAACUACAGUGAUGGUGUGUGA